AUGUCAUCACUCAAUCAUGAACAACGAUUUUCCCGAAUUGAAAAAUUAUUCAAAAACUUAGCCUCUACCCACAAUCCUUCCGGAGAAGAAUCCAAUCUCAUGCUCGAGAUUAAAUCCUUUCUACUCGAUCACCAAUUGAUUGACAAUUCAAAUAGUUGUCAUGAUAAUUUCCUCCUCUUUGAUACUCAAAUUGGAAUGAUAUUCAAAUGUAGUACUUUCAAUGAUGAGAAUCAAAAUUUCAUUUCGGAUGAAAAUUCACCAUCGAUUUGUUUAUUUGCUCAUCUUGAUAGUGAUCACAUUGAAUUGGAACAAGAAAAAUUGAAACAAUUAAUUUGGAGAAGAGAUGAAAAUCUUCUUUACUAUUCAAAUAAUGAAGAAAUUGUUGAGGUUGGACUUGAUGAUAAGAGUGGAAUUUGUGUCAUUUUGGAAACCUUGUUGAGAUUGAAAGAAAUGAAGGGUAUUAGAGUGAAUGUUUAUGUUUGUUUUUCAGUACAGGAAGAAACUGGACAGAAAGGAGUUAUGAGAAUGGAUCAUUUGAUGUUUAAAUCAAUGGUUGAGGAUGGAGGAGUGGGUUGUGGAAUUGCUGUUGAUAGAAUGACAUAUUAUCAUCCAGAAAAUAAGAGACAUUUAGUGGACGAAUAUUGCCGAAUUCCAUUGAUACCCAACGAUCAAAAAGACUCUUUCAUGAAUCAAUUUAAUAAGAGCAGUCAAUUGGUGGAGGGAUGCGACAUUGAUUUCAUCCCAAGUGAAAAUUGCAGUGAUCUAUUGGAAUAUAAAAUCAAAUUGGAUUGUGAAAUUAUUGCACCAGAAAUGUUAGAAUCCUUAAACGCUCACGAUGUUAAAUUAUUCGAAAAACUUUCAACUCUCUUAGAGAAAUAUGAAAAUAUCACGAGUGAAAUUAAGAAAAUUAUGAAUAACAUUUCAGCAACGAGUAGAGUGAGUGGAUUUAAAAGUCAUCCAAGAUUUACCAGAUAUCAACUGGCACAUCAAAUUAAUUCAUUGAUUUACUCUGACAAGGUAUUGAAAUUUUACAAUGAAACAUCAUUGAAAAAGUAUUUAAAUGUUUCUUUUGUAAAUUUGAGUUUGGAUUAUGAUGACAGUUGUGGAUUUGUUUCUUUGAAAGAAUUGGAUAAUACAGCUGAAAUUUUAUUUGAUUUUAUUAGAAAUUAUCACCUUUAA